AAGGGUAUGACAAUCGGCCUGGAGCUGCUUGGAUGUAGCACAAUGGCGUAUCCACUUCAUCCACACACCUUUUUCCAACCUUGACAAUCAUCGCCGUCUUUGCUGUCUCCUGUCCGCCCCUUUUACAUCCUCUCCCGCCCGCUCAGACAUUCAUAUACAGCGAUAGACGGCAACACCACCAUGAAGAACCAACCAUCACAGCCCGCGUCACACUCAGCGCCGACGACAAGUCACACUCACACUCACAAUACCAAUCCAGCCUCCGCCGCAUUUCAUCAAUCACAAACCAAAGCCUCAGCUCCUGACGAGCCCUCAUCGUCAUCCAAAACAUCACCCAAUCCAACCCUAAAACACCCCUCCUGUCCGUCGUCUUCGUCGUCGUCGUCGUCGUCAAUGACCCCUUCCUUCCUUUCGAGCCGCACAAGCAAAACAACAACCCAACCCCCCUCCUCAACCCCCUCAAUCAAAAGAAAGAACCCCAGCAACAGAUCCCCAGCAACAAGGACCCUCUCCUCCCAGCCUCUCAACCGAGACUCCAGUCGUCGACCCCCCGGCCCCUCUCACACCGACGUCUCGACUUGGGAGACCAUCGACCCCGCCGAGCGCGAAGGCUACGACGAAUAUCAGCGCUACAUCGACGAGCGGGAAUGGGAGGUCCUCUCCGAGCGGGACGCGGAGUCGGAUCCCGAGGACUUCGCUGGCGUGGGGGAGGAUCUUGGGGGGGAGAGGUGGGAGACUGCGCUUUGAGGGUGGGGAGGAUUGAGGGGUGGUAUAUACCUAUGCUACGAUUGGCGAUGCGUAUAGCGAGCAUUG